UUGCAAAGGGCUUCUGGAGGCUUUUAUCUGUGUGUUACCUCUCCAAAUGCAGCUCAGCACUUCAGUCAUUUGUUGUUGCAUGCUCUGAUGAAUGUGCUCUGGCUCGAGGAGUCAGUAGCCAAAAAACCCCACACUGUAGCCAUGACCGACUGCCUGCCUCAUUAACAAUCUCAGCUAAUGACCUAAGAACAGCGUGUGCAGCUGAAAAGUAAAGGAAGAUCUCCUGAGCUCCCACACAAAGCAAGCAGGGUCUUGGCACUUUCCAUGGGAUCAUGAAAUAUUCCUGCAGCCCCUUUCAGUGGGGUCCUUCACACACCCCUUAGGCGAUGAACCACAUCAUGGACUUGGAAUCACACACAGUGAAACCACUGGAAUUGUGUGAAAAUAGAAGUGCUCCUGAGGCAAGAAUUAUGCCUUUCUAUGCCAUCCACGUUCUCUAAAGUAAAUAAACUUUACUUUUUAUACUUUCCCAGUUGCUGCUAUUUGAAUAGAAGAUUAAAUCAGCUAUCAAGCCAUGACCCACUGUGGAAAAGACACUGCAAAAAAUACUGGCUCAUUUCAGAGGAGGAAAAAAGCAGACGGAAUCAGAGCUGGAGAGCCAUCUUCAUCAGCACCUACUCUGAUUUAGGAAGGUACAUCCACUACUAUGCCACGCUGAAGAAAGCCUGGGAUGACCUGGAGCAGUACCUGGGGCAGUGGUGUCCGCGCAUGAUCAGCUCUUUGAAAGAGAGUGUGAGGGAGGAAGAUCUGGAUGCUGUGGAAGCACAAAUCCGCUGCAAGCUCCCCGAUGACUAUCGGUGUUCAUUCCGUAUCCAUAACGGGCAGAAGUUGGUUGUUCCAGGGCUGAUGGGCAGCAUGGCCCUGUCCAACCACUACCGCUCCGAGGACCUGCUGGACAUCGACACGGCGGCCGGGGGCUUCCAGCAGAGGCUGGGGCUCAAGCAGUGCCUGCCCCUGACCUUCUGCAUCCACACUGGCCUCAGUCAGUACAUGGCCCUGGAGAGUGUGGAGGGACGCAAUAAAUACGAGAUCUUCUACCAGUGUCCAGAGCAAAUGGCUCGCAAUCCAUCUACUAUUGUUAUGUUCAUUACAGGUACAUCUUACUUGGAAUGGUUUACAUCUUAUGUAAACAAAGUUGUCACUGGAGGUUAUCCUAUCAUCAGAGACCAGAUUUUCAGGUAUGUGCAUGAUAAAGAUUGUGUUGCUACCACAGAAGAUAUCACCGUGUCUGUGUCCACCUCUUUUCUACCUGAACUCAGUUCUGUACAUCCACCACAUUAUUUCUUCACUUACAGAAUCAGAAUUGAAAUGUCCAAAGAUGCCCUUCCUGAGAAUGCCUGUCAGCUGGAGAGUCGAUACUGGAGAAUAACAAAUGCCAAAGGUGAUGUGGAAGAAGUCCAAGGUCCUGGAGUAGUUGGAGAGUUCCCAGUUAUCAGCCCAGGGAAAGUCUACGAGUACACCAGCUGUACCACAUUUACCACAACCUCUGGAUACAUGGAGGGCUACUACACCUUCCACUGCCUCUACAACAAGGACAGAUUCUUUAAUGUCACAAUCCCUAGGUUUCAUAUGGUGUGUCCAGCAUUCAAGGUGUCCACAGCAUGAAUGGCAGCAAAUCCCAGUGAAUCUGCAGUGGAUGAAGAUGAAGAUUCCACAGGCAUUGAUGACUCCUGAGAUCCAUGAACAGUGUUGGACAUUCCUGCACCCUCUGGAUGCUGUAUUGGGAUUUUUGCCCAAACAGUUUGCAUAAGCUGAACUCUUCAGGGCUAGUGCAUAGGAAUAUUUCUGACUGUUGUAAAUGAACUCUGUUGCACAUCAGGGCAACUAGCAUGAAUGUUGGUGCCAGUUCUCAUAUUCAUUAAGAGUAUAACUUCUAUUUCCUUGGUGUGGAAGUGGGGGAAGAGGGAGGAAAACUGAGGGAGGGAGAGGAAGAGGAAGGUGUUUGGGCUUUGUUUACUUUUUUCUGAAGUGUGAAACAGCUUGAUAAUCCAAGGUACUCAUAUCUCACAUCUUUAAAGUAUUGCCUACUUAUGAUCAUACUGCAAAUAUGGUGUAGGGAUUUGAUUUUAUACAAAGCAUUAGAAGGGUGUAUCCUGUUGUCCUUUCUCGUGAGUUUCUGCUCUGGAUAACUGCUGCUAAGAAUGAAACCUGCAGUUUGGUCUGAAUAUCCCAUUUGGGUGAGAUUAGGUGCUGUUAUGCUUUUUUUUUUUAAAUUAACAUAGUAAUAGCAAAAACUUCUGGUCAUCAAAAUGUAUAAAUUAGGAGUGAAACUGGCCUUAUUUAUAGACAAUCUAUUUGUCAGUUGGAUUUUAUGCUAAGUGACUCUGACUGGAGAAUGCCUCUGGGAAUGUAGUGUCCAUGCAUAAUCUGCCACUCGUUAAGUAAGGAAUUUCUCAAUGACUACAGAGUAUGGAUUUGUAAAUAUAUUUUGAGGUUUUUUUCUGUUACAUGAUGUUUGCUGUUGUCAUAGGUGACAAAUUUAUGUUAUGUAUCAUGUUUUCCUGAGCCCUGGAUGAAUUUUUGUAACUGAAUAAAAAAAAGAAAAAAAAAUAAAUAGGAGGCUGGCAGAACAGCAGAUGGCUAGAAGAUUUAUAUUUAAAUAAGCAUCUGUUUGCUUUAUCUUUUUUUUGUUUCUGUUGUCAUUAAUAAACAACUGCCUCUUUUGUUCUCAA